AUGGAAGUGGCCUUGUGGUACGACCGGCAGAUGAAGGUGCGGCCGCUCUGCACCAAGGCCUUGAGCUCCUCUUUCCUGGCGGCCUGCAGCUGCGCGCUGGCCCAGGCGCUUCGGCGCCGGGCGUCUUUGCGGGAGCUGGCGAGCUUUACGUUGCAGGCCGCGCCGCCUUUGGGCCAUCUCUGGUUCGAGCUCUUGGAGGCCAAGCUGGGGCCGGGGAGGAUCCUGGUGAAGACCAUGGUGGACCAGGCGCUCUUCAGGCCGGUGAUGCUCCUCUACACCUUCGUGCUGGGAGGCCUCCUAAGCGGACAGAGCUGGGCAGAGGUACGAAGGAACGUCCGUCAGAACCUGGUUCAGGCGAACCGAAGCUUCCGCUUGUCGAAGUCGAAGUCCUCUUCGCAAGGCUCCGUAUCUUCCUUUCGAGGUGCUCGUGGCCUCCUGGAAGGUCACUCGGGUGAGCGGAGUCCGGACUCUUCGCAAUAG